CUGAACAAUUUCCCACCACCGUCACUCGAUCGGUAGCCGCAGUCGAUCGCGGUCCCGGCACCGAGCCUGAUUGCUCGCGCUUGAUCGCUCCGUUCCGUCUUCCUUUGGCACCGAGCACCGGCUGCCUCGUCUAAUUCAGGAGGCUGGUAGCUUCGCGAAGGGUCGCGAGCCUGAACUUCGUCGCUCGAUGUCGUCGAAUUAAACCACGUGUUGCCAAAACCGUCCCACACGAAAACCGUCUGAUUACGCACGAUUCGAAAGAUCGUCCCACCGGCGCACCGGAGAAACGAGAGGGCCAGUGUUCGAUAAGUGACAGAGAGCCGCGCGCGACCAACAGGAAUCGCUGGGUCGCCACGAUGAGCGGAACCAGCAGGAAGAAGCUGCACACGGGUCCCAAUGAGAUUGAUUACAGUAGAAUACCCGAGCCGAAAACUAAUUGGCAGGCGUUCAAAGAUUACAUUCACAACCCCGACGAGGGCACUUACUGCGGUCACACGGGAAAGAAAUGGGCUAUAACUGGUACUUUCUACUUCUGCUUUUUCACGGUGCUGGCCCUGCUCUUCGCCGUUUGCAUGAAAGGUUUGUUGGCCACACUAAAUUUUGAAAAACCAAGAUGGAUCCUCGAAGAAAGUCUGAUAGGAACUAAUCCAGGUCUAGGUUUCCGACCAAUCUCAGACAAUACAGAUGAGAAAUCGUUGAUUUCGUACAGUUCGUCGGAUCCAGCAUCGCUACAGAAGUGGACAGGCUUGUUGGACAAAUUUUUGGAAGAGUAUAUUAACUCGACAGCGUUACCAAACGGUGGCAGAAAUCAACAGAUGUGUAAUUACGAUAUACCAGUGAAGCCUGGGCAUGUUUGUGCAGUCGAGGUGAACAAUUGGGGUCCCUGUUCUCCUGCUGCACAAUACGGCUUCAAUAAUUCGGCUCCUUGUGUUUUCAUUAAAUUGAAUAGGAUAUACGGUUGGGAACCAGAGUAUUACAACGACACCGCAAAGUUGCCAGAUGAUAUGCCGCAGGAUCUUGUAGAGCACAUCAAGUCCGUCAAUAGUUCAACGCUGAAUACCGUGUGGCUAUCAUGCAAGGGAGAAAAUCCUCACGACGAAGAAACUAUAGGUGAACUGAACUAUUAUCCGAGAAGUCAGGGAUUUCCGGGAUAUUAUUACCCAUAUACAAACAUUCCUGGUUAUUUGAGCCCCGUUAUUGCUGUACAUUUUCUGCGACCAGCUAGAAAUAUAAUAAUCAAUGUGUUAUGUCGAGCAUGGGCCAAGAACAUCAAAUAUCGACAUAAUACCAAGGAGCUAACUGGAGGGAUACGUUUCGAGCUAAUGAUUGACGAAUGACGAACAACGAUGUUUAUCUUUUAAGAAAACCUUCUGAACGCAAUACUACUGUCUGUCAAGCGGUGAAAAACACGCCUACGAUGGAAAACGUUCGAAUACUUCGAUAGUUGCGUAAAACGUUUCAGUUCGAAGACGAUGGUAAGGCUCGUAAGUAAGGGGAUUAGACAAGUUCGAAUCCCCAACUUCUGUCGACACUCUGAGAGAAGUCGGAACGAUCAGGAAAGUUAGAAUAGGAGCGUGAGUAACUGCAAUUAUAAGAUAAUUAAUUCUUCGUCGCUGGGCGCCUUCAGAUUCGCACGACCGCGUGACUGAGGUGAAUAUUGCUGUAAGAAAAAGUACAUUGAAUAAUUCAUACAAUCAGCACUUGCAAAAAUUAUGAACACGAAAUAGACGAAAGCAGCGUAUACAGGACGUAUCGAAAUUCAAUGAUCAAUCUUUCACGUAAAUUCGUAAAUUCUACGAAUUGUUUGAAAGCACAGUUUUCAAUGUUAAAAAAGAUAUUGGAUAUCGAAGGCGAUAGACAAUUGCGCUACAAUUAAUAAUAUUAAUUGUCCGUAAAAUAAUGCAAAAUUUUACCGAGUUCAUUCGUUAUUGUUUUUACGUGUAACGUUCUUCAAGCUUUUCUCGACUUGCAUUUAUAGAAUUUGCUGUCAAAUUCGAUUUGGUCAAUUUUAUAAGAUUCUUGCACGAUUGCAUCGAUGCAGAGAGGAUGAUGCGUUUGCUUCCGGUAAAGAGAAAACAUACCGACCUGUACUUAUUAUAUAUAUCACGAAUACAGCUGAAUAAUCUCAUAAAUGUGUUAUCUCCAAUUCAAAAAUGUACAAACUGUGGAUAAUUUAUAGACAUUGAUAUUUUUAAUGCCCGAAUCUAUUGUAUUCAAAACAUUGAUUUUAUUAUUCUUACACUCGUCGUGAUCCGUCACGAUAAAAACCGAGAAACUCGCAGAAACAUAUUACCUCGUUAUUGUUCUAAUAUUGUUUACUUAUGCCGCGCUAUGUUUAUGCACUUAGUAUUUUAUAUGUGUAUGUAUGUAUGCAUAUUGCAGCUUAGUAAGUUGCAUUUUACUCGAGACGAGAAUGGAACUAUCUUUAGCAUAUACAUUUGGUAUCUUCAUUAAUUAUAAUUUCGAAAUAUAUUCUUCUGUUGGUAGAUAGCAGACUAUUCAACAUUAUGAGGAAAUAUCAUGUCUCAUAUUUAAGAAAGGGUAUAUUACUUCCAUAGUCAGAUAGUAAUUACAAUGAAUUCAAUUAUUGUAAGUCAUUUUUGACAACGUCUUAUAACGAUAUUGUAUCCUUGAAAACAUUGCAAUAUUUUUUAUAAAGCUGAUUAAAAUCACGUUUCACCAUAUAUAAUUUAAUCAGUUGCGAUUUCAAUAUCCAUAUCGUUGCUUCAAAAAUUUGUUAAAUUAUAGCGAAAAGAACAAGAAUAUAAGUAAUAAUUCUUGAAGAAAUUGUAUAUUAAAGAAUAGUUACAUUUAUCGUUAUACUUAUGAAUGUGAAUAUUUUAUUUGUUAGUUUUAAUAAGUCCAUUACAAUUCUGUCGUUGUAAAAAUUUCAAGUGGAAAAUGAAAAUUUUCGAACCAAAUUUUGAUAAAAUAUACACAUAUCUGAUGUAAAAACGAUACUUUCGAAUUGUGCAAAAUUGAAAUCCGAUGUGACUGCCCAACAGUGUGCAAUCAUGAUGAAAAAAUAGGGUACUAAGGAUCUCAGAAUGACAGCAUUAACGUAGUUGUCAGUAACUUUAAGAAAUAUGCUUCGGUGUAGUUACUUAUUAAAUGUAUGUACUUAUAUUGUUAUAGUGUUUCCCGUAAGAGAGUGUUGUACUUUAUGUCGAUAAUUCUGUUGAAUAAACCGAACCAUUUUUCAAAGCGUA